GGGGCUACAUAUAUUGCCACCAUCUUCAGCGUGCGUAGCUAUGCCCUAUACCGUGUGUUUUGCCAAGGCAGGCUGUCUAUAUAAACGGUCAUGCGGAUUAGUUGCGUGCUUGCUUUUUGCUAGGUGGCCCUAUUUCCACGGUGUCUUUUCUAUUGCCCGAGCGAAUGUCCACUUACUAUAAGAAUGUACUUGUGCUAUGUUAACAGGUAAUUUUCUAUUCUUUCCAUCGGAAAGACCUGCUGCUUUUUAGUAUUUGUUUCUGUCAUCACUUGGCGGCUUCGAAGCAUACUAUUCGCACUCAAUAAGUUCUGAGAGGUCAUCACCGCCAUGGCCAUAGUCGGCGUGGUGACCAUUGCCAAUUCACUGGCUCUAUUAUCUGUCAAGCUCUAUCCAGCUGGCGCUGCUUGGAGGAACUCGCUCGUCUACAUUGACCACGUAUGUGCUAAUAUAGGCUUUUGGAUUAUCAAUUGGGAGCCAUUCUACCAGUGCCUUACGCGUCGCGAUGAAUAUCUUGAAUAUUGGACAGAUACACUGGAAGGCGGUAUAGAAGGCGUCUAUAACCUUACUAGCCGGUUCGCUGACGACACACAUAGCUUAGUUAGAGGGACAGAGCGGGGCAUUGCAUGCAGCUCGAAGGACAUGCACGUCGGUACCUAUCACAUUCCAGGAACCUUGUCGGAGCUGUGCCUUGCCAAUAAGCUUUCGCACGACUGAAAUGAUGUGCCCAGAAUCAGAAACCGCAAUCGUUUUGCACGCCCUCAGGGAUGCAGCUCUCCCUGUUCGCACUGGCCCUUUCGCACAGAACUAAUAAAACCGUGGUAUUCCAAGUACACCCCAGUGCUGGUUGUAAGCUAUUGAUAUUUUUAUAUGAUAAUGGCGAUAGUGAAGCUGGUGUGGCUCUUCGAUGCCUAAACUGCGUGUUCACCACGGGCGGCAGCCAAAAGUGCACGCUCGCGACGGCGGGCCAGGCGGCGCUCGACCUUUCCACGAACCAGUGACCGCA